UCGGCCCGAGGUCGGCGGCUGGGCCGGCCCCGCACCCGUGUGACGGCCGCUCCACCGAGGAGCAGCGGGGAUUUUCUCCGCCGCUGCCGCCGCCCUCUGAUUUCCGCGGGGUCCGGAGCCCGAGGGCCGCGCUCGACCCUCUCCACCUGCUCCGCCUCUUCGCCCUGCGCUGCGAGCCGCCCCCGGCGGGCCGCUUCAGCACCCGCGCGUGGGACUGCAUCCCUUCGCCCCAAUGCCCGGGCGACAAGAGUUGAGUGAGUGCCGGUGGUUGGAGCUGUGGCGGUGUCCCCCGGUGGCGAGUGCGGCCAGGACAGCGGUCGCUGUUAAGUUUUAUGUCCUCACGUUGCAAGGCCGUCUCUGAGUGACCUUCAGUACAAUGCUGAAUAAAACUGGUCACCGUGAGCAUCCGUGUCUUUCUCACGUUCCCGAAGGAAGGCACUGAAGAUUUAAAACUCAAGCAUGUUGUUUGCUGUGUUCUCGUAUAAACUGGUCUCCCAAGAUUCUGUCCUAGCAAGAAGGAAGUGGAAAAUACCCUUGGAAAAAAAAUUGAGGCAAUAAGAAGGCCAGAAUUUAUUUUUACAUGGUUGUCAGCUCACUUUCCAAUAUGGACGCUUUUCCCACCAGUUUUCCUUCUGGUGGAGACAGUGGGAUGACAGGUUCUCACUCUGAGUUCCAAAAUAUGUUAAUUGAUGAAAGGUUACGAUGUGCCCAUCAUAAAACGAAUUAUCAGACUCUGAAAGUUGAACACACAAGGUUGCAAGAUGAGUACAUAAAGUCACAGAACGAACUCAAGCGCCUGUUGAAUGAAAAGCAAACUAACCAGGAAAAACUGCAGCUGCUGCUUCAAGAGCUAAGAGAGGAAUUAGUAGAGAAAACUAGAGACUUAGAAGAAAUGAAGCUGCAGGUAUUAACUCCACAAAAGUUGGAAUUAUUGAAAGCCCAAAUACAACAAGAAUUAGAAACUCCAAUGAGAGAGCGUUUCAGGAAUCUGGAUGAAGAAGUUGAAAAGUAUAGAGCUGAAUAUAAUAAGCUUCGCUAUGAACAUACAUUUCUCAAAUCAGAAUUUGAACACCAGAAAGAAGAAUUUGCACGUAUGUUAGAAGAAGAAAAAAUAAAAUAUAAAUCAGAGAUUGCAAGACUGGAGGAAGAUAAAGAAGAACUGUAUAACCAGAUGUUUAGCGUUGACCCCACCAGAGACAGCAAACAAGUGGAACAGCUUGCUCAAGAAAAAGUUCAGCUGUGUCAGAAAGUAAAAGGUUUAAAGGCUGAAGUAGCAGAAUUAAGAGCUGAAAAAGAGAAUUCUGGUGCUCAGGUAGAAAAUGCCCAAAGAAUUCAGGUGCGGCAGCUGGCUGAGAUGCAGGCUACAGUCAGAUCACUGGAGGCUGAAAAACAGUCAGCUAAACUACAGGUUGAACGCUUGGAAAAAGAACUACAAUCAAGCAAUGAACAAAAUACUGUUUUAAUCAGUAAAUUGCAUAAAGCUGAACGGGAAAUCAAUACGUUGACCAGUAAAGUAAAAGAACUUAAACAUUCAAACAAACUCGAAAUAACAAAUAUCAAACUGGAGGCAGCAAGAGCUAAGAGUGAGCUAGAAAGAGAAAGGAAUAAGAUUCAAAGUGAACUGGAUGGAUUACAGUCAGACAAUGAAAUUCUCAAAUCAGCUGUUGAAUACCACAAAGUGCACUUAGUAGAAAAGGAUCGUGAAUUAAUACGUAAAGUACAAGCGGCCAAGGAAGAAGGUUAUCAAAAACUUGUGGUAUUACAAGAUGAAAAGCUUGAACUUGAGAACAGAUUAGCGGAUUUAGAGAAAAUGAAAGUGGAAUAUGAUGUCUGGAGGCAAACGGAAAAGGAUCAGUGUGAAGAGAAACUACGGGCGUCACAGAUGGCAGAAGAGUCGGCCAGGAGGGAACUUCAGAGUAUUAGGUUAAAACUUCAACAACAAAUUGUGAAUAUUGAAAAUGCGGAGAAAGAGAAAAAUGAAAAUUCUGACCUGAAACAGCAAAUCAGUGGUUUGCAGAUCCAAGUGACCUCACUAGCUCAGUCGGAGAAUGAGUUGCUGAAUUCAAACCAAAUACUGAAGGAAAUGGUGGAGCGAUUAAAACAGGAAUGCCGAAAUUUAAGAAGCCAAGCUGAAAAAGCACAGCUGGAAGUUGAAAAGACAUUGGAAGAGAAACACAUACAGUGGUUGGAAGAAAAGCAUAAGCUUCAUGAACGUAUUACAGACAGAGAAGAAAAGUAUAAUCAAGCUAAAGAGAAACUGCAGCGAGCUGCGAUUGCCCAGAAAAAGAGAAAAUCUCUUCAUGAAAACAAAUUGAAGAGACUGCAGGAGAAAGUAGAAAUCUUGGAGGCAAAGAGAGAAGAAUUGGAAACAGAAAAUCAGGUGUUAAAUAGACAAAAUGUUCCAUUUGAAGAAUAUACAAGACUUCAAAAAAGACUCAAGGAUAUACAGAGAAGACAUAAUGAAUUUCGAAGUUUAAUUUUGGUUCCUAACAUACCUCCAGCAGUGUCAUCCAUCAAUCCUGUUAGCUUUCAAUCAUCAGCCGUGGUUCCCAGCAUGGAACUAGCCUUUCCUCCUCAUGUGCAGGAGGAACAGCAUCAAAGGGAACUCUCUCUGCUUCGGAAAAGACUAGAAGAACUAGAAACAACACAAAGAAAACAACUAGAGGAACUUGGAUCCCCUGGAGAAUGAUGUUUUGGAGAAAAGGCAGAUCAAAAGGAAUGAAAUGAGUGACUCAAUAAAGCUUGAAGUUUUAACAUCUGUGGCAUUUAGAUACUUUAUUACUGUUUGCCAAAACACUUAAAUUUGCCUCAAGAAAAGGUACGAGCUACAUGCUGGAUUGCACCUGUGUUAGGAUUUUAGGAUUAUACUAAUGACAAGUGAAGCAUUAAAACAGCUUCAGAGAUAUUUAGAAUAUUUAUUGACAACCCUUUGAGAAUGUAAAAAAUAAUGAAUAAAUGAAAGGAACUAAUUAGGAAUCAAGUUUAAAAAUUAUUCCAUUAAUUUUACUUUGUUGAAUUUUUUUUGGCAUUUUGCCUGAAACAUGCCCAUAUUGAAUUCCCUCUUCUUCUUUGAGAUGCUCAGUAAACAGCAUCAGUAAACAUUUUCUGGUUUACUAUAUACAAGGGUUAUAAACCUCUAGUUGUUGGAAAAAAGGACAAUUUAAAAGUCAGCAUAAAAAAAUACAACUUAAAACAUCUAAAUAUGUAUUCAUUACAAAAUGCUACCUUUUCUAAAAGCUGUAUGCGUAUAAUUUAUUAAAGAUCUUAAUAUUUUU